AUGAACCAUGUUGGGCUGUCACCUCCUCGGCGACCAAACGGCCGCCCACAGGCCUGCGAUCCAUGCCGAGCACGCAAGGUCGCCUGUGAUCACCGACAGCCCGUGUGCAACCGAUGUCGGAAGAGAGGCCAGGAUGGGGAGUGCGUCUACUCGGCGUCAGCUCUACGGUCAAAGACGCUGAGGCAAGCGUUAAAUCAACAAUCUACAGAUGUGCCGGCUUCUGGUGAAGCUGCGAGACCAGCCGAACCCACCAGGCCAAUACUGAUAUCCAGUCCGCCCUCUGGUCCAGGCUAUCUCGGCUUCACCAGCCAUUCCACGGUCUUCGAGGAGACAAGACAUAGUCUAUCUCUGCUACACGGACCCGAUACGGAACAGGACUCUGCCAAAGACCCGAGAGGAAUGGCCCGGGAGGGUAUUCGUUUUCGAGACUUGCCGUCACCAAUCCGCCAAGCAUGCCUUUUUGUCCUUGAACACCUCCCCGGCCAACCAAAUGAGAAAAUGAUAUUUCGUGACAACCCGUGCGAGGAUAAAGGAUGGUCGCACAUUGCUGUAGCCAAAAUCGUCUAUUCCCUCCAACAAACCUUUUGCGCUCAACGCGAUGUGGGCGAGUCAGAGCUGGAACGAAUUGCGGAGCAAAUCUGUCAAAACACCGUUCGACCUUUUCGAGACAUCCAUACUAGUCCAUGGGAAUGGCUCGAGCAGUUCUGCGGUUCCAACCUGAGGUGGGAAUCGCUAGGUCUGCUAUGGGCGUAUCUAGAGCGCAUCUCAGACGCUCUCGACUCACUCCGAACUGGCCACCUUGCUUGGAUGGCCGGCAAAAAGUCCACCGAGACGGCGUUGGCAUGCCUUGGGUACUGCAUCGACCUCGCGCGCUAUUUCAACGAGGGCAAUGACUUGCUCCUUGACCUUUGUCGUCGGAAGGCCACGCUCGAGUCCAUCAUUGUUGGCGAUGCUAGUCUCUCCUGUUGGAACUCCCAUGGCAUGACAGUCUCCAUGUUGACAUUUUUGGGCAUGCAUGUCCAACAGCCCGUUAGACCAUAUAAGCCGUCGCUGUGCUCUGAGAACAAGCGCCGUCUCUUUGCACAAAUAUUCAACAGCGACAAGUUCACCGUGUCAUUUACCGGUCGUCCGCCUUUAAUAACUCGUCGUUAUUGCACAACGCCUCUCCCACUUGACAUUCGAGACGAGGACCUAACGGCUGACGAAUCGACCUUGAUGAGCGCUGUCAAUUCCUUGGAUGAGCGGGGUUGGAAUACAAAGGGCGAGUUGUAUCCUGCUACCCUCGUCAGAGCCAGGUAUAUGAUUGCCAUCAUUUUGGAUGAGCUGGUCGAAAUUGCCCUGGACCAUACGACGACAGUAACUCUUGAUAAGCUUCAGGACCUGAAAGCACGUCAAUUAAAUACCAUGGCCGAAUUCCCCGCCAGCUUAGUUUACGAUGCUGGAAACCUCUUUGACCCAAGCCUGGAUAUCGAGGUGCUCUAUACAAGAAUUUUGGUCCACCUGGGACAUUUACAAAACCUCUUUUUCGUAGAGAGACUACUCCUUCGCAAUGGUGCAGCAGACGAAGGCAACUUGCUGCUUACAAGUUUUGACAUGGUUAUCCUGACACUUGUCUUUUGGACGCACAAAGAUCAAUUCGCCACUAUGCGGCGUAAUUUCGAGUGGCUAGUGAUGGCGUUCGGAGCCCCCGCUGGUGGGAUCCUCUGCCUCGAGCUCCUGAGACCAUCCUUCCGUGGGACUCAUCCGAAAGAUCCGCGCCUGAGCCGCUCCGCCAUUAUCCAGCAGCUGAGUCUUCUAAUCGGUUUUCUUGACUGGGUCCGCCCGCCUGCGCCAAACGCAGACCUCUGCGCGGAUUGUAAGACCAUUAUCCAGGGCGUGCUGGAUCAUCAUCUCAACGCUGGCACAGACAACGGGGGCGCUCUUCAAUCGCUAGAUUGGGAUUUUGCAAAUGCUCCAGGGUUUAAUUUUGAUCUGCUAGAUACCUUUGACUGGCUCCGUGCAGAUUGGCAGUAG